UUCCGCCGGCGGGGCGGGCGCGGGCAGCGGGCGGUGCUGCGCAGGUGUAUUGCUUUUGAGAUGGAUGAAACCAUCUGACUUCAUUUAGACAGUUUGUUAACUACAGCAGGUGUUAUUUAUAAGUACUUCUAUUUUUAUACUGGGUGAUGGUAUUUACAUUGUGAACAAGAAGAACAUGUUUCAGGAAUAAUUCUAUGGAGUGUGCAGAAGGAAGGAUCAAAUUUUAGGUGGUUAUGAAACUGGUUUCUUUCAAAGAGUGUUCUGCAGAAAAAAAGGAUACAUGUCUCUUUGAGUUCCAUCGAGUCCGGGACUGGUUUCCUCUCUGCUGUCAGCAUGGCAUUGUCUCUUAGAACCGCACGGUCCAGCCUCUUUUGGAUGCAUUCAGUAGCAACCUGUAAGCAGGCCCAGCUGCACAAAGGAGCUGUGUAUCAUGCUUGCCAUAAAUCUACAUACUCAGUUCUCCCUGAAGACUACAACUGCAAAGUGGAACUUGCAGUGACAUCAGAUUUGAAGACAAUUGUCUGCUACCACCCUUCGCUUGAGAUUCCAUAUGAGCAUACAAAACCCAUACCACGGCCAGAUCCAGUGAAUAAUAAAGAAGAAAACCUUGAUCAAGUUUUGAAAUCUAGAUUGAAUGAAAAAGAGCUAAAGAACAAAAGAGGUCCUACAAUUGAAGAGCUCAGCAAAAUGUUUUACACAACUAAACAUCGCUGGUAUCCUGUGGGACAGUAUCACAGAAGACGCAAGAAUCCUAAUCCUCCCAAAGACCGAUAAUUAAGAUAAUUUCUUGAUCAUCAGCACUUUGCUGUUAAUCUUUAUUAGAAAUAAAAAUUACAGAAAGUGAGAUGUUUGGCUAUAACAAAACAUGCUUAACUUAAUUUGACUGUUAUUUUCUACUUCAACUAGUUGACAGAAGAAUGGCACUGAUGAGACAGAGCAUCUGUGAAGGCAGUUGUGCAUGUGCCUAGUCAGCACAUGGGCCAGUUUUAGAAUGGAGAACAGGAUGUAACAGGCCAUGGAGUGCUCUGACUAAACUUGGUCACAGCCUCAUUGUUUAUAAAGUGAAUCCAUACAAGUCUUGUGUCAAAAUGGAAAGUCUAGAAAUGGACACAUUACGGUUUGGUGGUUUGCUGGGGGUAAUAAUUUUUUUUCUUCUUUAGAAAUCUAGUAACGUAAAUACAGGUGAGCUUGAAUACUGAGGUAUUAAUAAAAGAGUGUUUAUGAAAAAUA